AUGACCAAAUCAAUCCAUCUCGGUCCUUUGACCGAAAAGCGAAAAAAGAUCGACCAAAUCAUAUUGAAGAUUCAGGUCGGGAAUCUCCAAUCGAAAAUCUUGAAGCCACGCAACCCCUCAGUGGAUAUCUUGAACGCCAUCCGCCCAUCCGACUGGCGGAGGAUCGACAUUCUCGACUAUGGCCCUGACAUGUGGAGCUAG